AUGGUUCCCUUCGUCCUCGCCCUUGAUCCCACGGUGAUCGCUGCCCCGUCGUCGUUGUCACGGCCACUGGCGUCUCCGUCGCGCGGGAGGGCGUCUAGGAGCUCCACCAAGCUCGACUUAAUCGGUCCCGGGCGUCGCCUCAAGCUGUGGCACUGGGUUGCCGACGCCAUCGUCGUCUUCUUCGUGCUCGGCCGCCACGACCUCGCCGUAGAUCCGUCACUCCGGUCCACUCCGGCCUCGUCGAGCUCGCCUACGACCUCCGCUUGUACGAUUGAAUCAGGGGUGUCACAGGCCCGCCAGAGCGCACAAGAUGCCCGAGCUGAAGCCCAGAGUGCCCUCCAAGAAUUCCAGGCGGCCAAGAAGAUUGCAGUGGGAGGGUUUGCGGAUCUGCCACGCAGCAUAUCAGAUGCUGCGAAGUUCUAUCGAGCCAAAGAAAGGAGCUCUACGGAGAAGAUGGUCUGGUCUCAAUACCUUGGACCAGAACAUCCGGUGCCCUUUAGCGACCAGCUGAAACAGAUGGUCGAGCUACACAAGGCGGCCGAACUGGCCGUGAAACACUUAAUAAUUCGGCUAUGGCAUGCCGAGCCCAUGCCUAGUAGCUACUUCGGACUCGUGAAGCGUCUUGUCAGUGCCUGCCCGCGACUUGCAGUCAUAAAGUGGUCGGUUUGCAUUGAAGGUACGCGGAUGGCUUUUGCCUGCGCUAACAUGCAUUGGGCGAAGAUGGACGCCACGAAGCUGAUGACCGAGGGGCCACCUGAGGGCAAGGAGCACCGCCGACCCGAGCUGUACUAUGAAAGUGUCCUGGAAGGAUCCCCACUUGUGGCGGAGCAAUGUGGCAAGGAUAUCAUUUUCUCAUAAAAGCAUUUAUUUAAUCUUGUCCUGUAAUGUGAAACAAGAUCUUUAUGUGAUAUAAUGCUUGUUGAUUUAAAAUUUUACCUCUUGUGCGGCCGUUUAUGAAAUUUGAGA